AUGUCUGGGCUCGUCUCGGUGGUCCUGUGCUCGGCCCUGGUCAGUUGCGGAUUGGCCCUAGGCUCGCAUUUCAGUCCAGAUGGCGGCGCUCUGAGUGACUUGUCCUGGUCGUCCUCGCUCACCGUGGUGGCCGUGUCCCUGUGUGCGCUCUUCUGCCUGGUCUUCCUCAUGCUGGCCUGUCUCUGCUGCAAGAAACGCACCAAGGGGUUCAAGGUACGACCUCUGACCAAACACAUGCGCACCACCGGGGCUCCACGCUGCCCCCGAGUGGUCGUGGAAGAAAUGGACUGA